AUGUUCUCUGUUAAUGACACUGCCUCGCACCCCUCUGCCUUCCUUCUGCUGGGCAUUCCUGGCCUGGAUGCUUUCCACAUCUGGAUAGCCUUCCCCUUCUUUGUUGUUUAUCUGAUAGCACUUGUGGGGAAUUUCACAAUUCUCUGUGUGAUCAAGAAUGAGCAGAGUCUUCACCAGCCCAUGUUCUAUUUCCUUGCUCUCCUCUCUUUCAUUGAUCUUGGCCUCUCCACAUCUACUGUUCCCAAGAUGCUAGGUAUCUUCUGGUUUAACCUUACAGAGAUAAGUUUUGAAGGCUGUCUCGUCCAAAUGUUCUUCAUCCACACCUACACAGGCAUGGAAUCUGUUGUGCUCCUGGCCAUGGCAAUUGACCGUUUUGUUGCCAUUUGUCACCCACUUAGAUACACUUCUAUUUUAACCAACAAGGUGGUAGCUAUCAUGGCAUGUGUUGUAGUAGGGAGGCCUGUCCUUCUUGUCAUUCCCUUCUGUCCACUCCUUAAGCGAUUGCCCUUCUGUGGACACUACAUAAUUCCUCAUACCUACUGUGAACACAUGGGGAUAGCUCGGCUAGCCUGUGCCAGCAUAAGGAUAAAUAUCAUCUAUGGCUUAUUUACUAUUGCUGCUCUGAUCUUUGAUUUAAUUCUCAUUGCUCUAUCCUAUGUUUGGAUCCUACAGGCCGUUUUUCGCCUUCCUUCUAGAGAUGCCAGACACAAAGCCCUUAGUACAUGUGGUUCACAUGUCUGUGUCAUCUUAGCCUUUUAUACACCAGCUUUUUUCUCUUUUAUGACUCAUAGAUUUGGUAGAAAUGUUCCUCAGUACAUUCACAUCCUCUUGGCCAAUCUCUAUGUGGUUGUCCCUCCUUGUUUAAAUCCAGUUAUUUAUGGAGUGAGGACAAAACAAAUUAGGGAGGGAGUCGUGAAAAUAUUUGUAAAAAAAGAGUAA